CCACCAAUCGGCGAGAGGUUUAGUGAUAAAAGUACAAUCGAACGGCUAGUGUGUGAGAAAAGGCGGAACCUCCGGGAAGGGUAAGAGCGUGUUCCUGUUCCCGGUUUUUAAAUCGUUGCUGAUUCGUUUCUAAGCGCUAGCCAUGACGACCCAGGAGCUGCGACUAAACCACACCAUUUACAUCAACAACCUGAAUGAAAAAAUCAAAAAAGAUGAACUGAAGAAGUCUCUGUACGCCAUCUUCUCACAGUUUGGCCAGAUCUUAGAUAUCCUUGUGUCCCGGACGCUUAAAAUGAGAGGACAGGCUUUUGUAAUCUUCAAAGAGGUCAACAGCGCCUCUAAUGCUCUGAGGUCCAUGCAGGGCUUUCCUUUCUAUGAUAAACCCAUGCGCAUUCAGUAUGCCAAGCAAGACUCGGACAUUAUUGCCAAGAUGAAGGGUACAUAUGUGGAGCGGGAUCGCAAGAAGGAGAAGAAGAAGCCUAAAACUACUGAAUCCGGAGGAUCAAAGAAGGCGGCUGCUGCUGGCAUGGCUGGAGUUCCUGCUGCUAUGCCUGGAAUGCCUCCUAUGAGUCAGGCUCCACGUAUGAUGGCAAUGCCAGGUCAGCCUCCAUACAUGCCGCCUCCUGGAAUGAUGCCACCACCAGGUAUGGGCCCUGGACAGAUGCCACCAGGUGCCAUGCCUCCGGGUCAGAUGAUGCCUGGACAAAUGCCAGGACAGAUGCCUCAGCAGGUCUCAGAGAACCCACCUAAUCACAUCCUGUUCCUCACCAACCUGCCGGAGGAGACCAACGAGCUCAUGCUGUCCAUGCUGUUUAAUCAGUUCCCAGGGUUCAAAGAGGUGCGUCUCGUUCCGGGUCGACACGACAUCGCCUUUGUGGAGUUUGAUAAUGAAGUGCAGGCCGGUGCAGCCAGGGAAGCAUUACAGGGCUUCAAGAUCACGCAGACCAACGCAAUGAAGAUCUCAUUUGCCAAGAAAUAAACAACCAACCUCCACAGGAAAAUGUAUAGAAGAGUGUUCUGCACUCUACAUCCCUUUAAACACUUAUCUGUGAAGUGAAGUCCAGACAUCAGGGAUCUGUGGUCAGGAGCUAAAUCUGGUAAUGUAUGAUAGACAUAGGUUGGUGUACGUCCUGAUAAAAGAUGAACAUGCUAUUAUUACAAAGAUAUGGUCAGAGGUUUUUUUGUUUGUUUUUAAUAUCUCCUGAAGAGGAUGAACCUGGAGAUUUGUAAGUAGAUUUUUUUUUUUUUUUUUUUAAUACUUGUGUUGAAAAGCAUUGCACCCAGGGUCUGGUCACCCAGACAUUGUACCUGGAGCUUUCCUGCUUUAAAUAAAACCAUCAUAAUUUUUAAUAAAAGAUGCUGUAAUUUUU